AUGACGGCGGAGCCACCGAGAUACGAUCCUGUUGAUGCGUUUUCUACAUUACGGAUCGACGAUUCAGAGCCAGUUCUAAGGGCUCCUUCUCGCGGACCCCCCCUUCCCAGAACACCUCGACAUGCUCACACUGUACCUGCAACUCAACAAGAAUAUGCGGCGUAUGAACCUCAGCAGCAAUAUGUUCAGCCAAAUAACGAAGCGUAUCACGCCCAGCCAUACGACCCCCACCAACAGUCAUAUGAUGGCCAGAGCUACAUUUCGCAGGAUUCCUAUGAGACGGCCUACGAACCUUCCUAUGAAUCGCCAGUAUCGUAUGGCCCCCCACAACACCAACAGUGGCAGCCUGCUCCCCAGCAAUUUAAUCCAUUAUAUGCUGCUGCAUCGAAUGUGCUAGGAAUGGGUCCUCCACCGGGCACCCAACAGCCAUAUCAACCUCAACAACCACCACCACCAGGCCCAUAUACCCACUACGCACCGAGCCAAUCAUCACUUUCUUCCUCACGAUCAGCCCCAUACCCUCCGUCGACUUACUCGGGCAACUCUUCUUACGCACUCCCCCCUUCCAACUACCAGCCAGAACCUUCGGAAUUCGACCUCCGUCCCCCGCUCAAUCGUGCUGGGACUACAUUCAGUGCUACGCCAACUUCGGUAAAGAGCAAAGCGGUCGAUUUGAGUGCACCGCCAUAUACCAAGGAAUACAUCGACCAAUACCGUCAGCGCAUCAAGGCUGACCCCGAUCCAGAGGCUCAUUUCCUCUACGCCAAAUAUCUCGUUGAUGCCGCCAAACAUAUCCGCAUGAACUCCAAAGAUCAGCGCUCCGCCAAAAAGUACACAGAGGUGCUUGUCCAAGAGGCCCUCAAAGUCAUUCGUCGACUAGCUACCCAAGGAGACGCUUAUGAUGAAGCACAAUUCUACCUGGCAAAUUGCUAUGGAACGGGUGCUCUUGGGCUCCAAGUCGACCAUGAACGUGCCUACCAUCUCUAUCUACAAGCUGCCAAACAAAAUCACGCUGCAUCUUCCUACCGUGUUGCCGUCUGUAACGAGAUUGGCGCGGGGACUCGCAAGGAACCGUCACGUGCCGCGUCUUUUUAUCGAAAAGCCGCAUCGCUGGGCGACACGCCGGCCAUGUACAAGCUUGGAAUGAUUCUACUUCAUGGGUCAUUGGGAGAACCGAAGAAUCCUCGAGAAGCGAUCAAUUGGCUGCGACGAGCAGCGGAGCAGGCUGACGAGGAAAACCCACACGCACUUCAUGAGCUUGCCUUGCUGCAUGAGCUCGGAGAAUAUGUGCCCAUGGACGUUAUGGCUUCGAAAAACUUGCUGACGCGGGCGGCUCAUCUCGGCUACACACAGUCGCAGUUCAAACUCGGCCAAUGCUAUGAAUACGGCAAUUUAGGUUGCCCAAUCGAUCCUCGACGCUCAAUUGCAUGGUACACCAAGGCGGCAGAGAAAGGCGAUCCAGAAGCUGAGCUGGCCUUGAGUGGGUGGUAUUUGACUGGAAGCGAGAACGUGCUCAAACAGAGCGACUCUGAGGCUUAUUUAUGGGCCCGUCGUGCUGCCAAUAAGGGUCUCAGUAAAGCUGAAUAUGCUGUUGGUUAUUACGCAGAGGUGGGGAUUGGUAUCAAGCAGGAUAUUGAAUUUGCCAAGCGAUGGUACAUGCGGGCAGCAGCUCAGGGAAACAAACGGGCCAUGAAUCGACUGACGGAGAUGAAGCGAAUGGGCAACAAGCGGAUGACUGGUGCGCGUCCAACUCGACAGCAGGCCAACAAGGAGGACUGCGUAAUAUCAUAG